AUGACUUGGUCUAUGCUGAUACGCUUUGCCGAUGAUGCGAACAACAUUCGAUUUGGAGAGCCGAAGAUCACUGAGGCUAAAGAGCUCUCUGACCUGCUAGCCAUGGGAGAGCUCUAUGCCACCGAAUAUGUGGGGGACAGUCCUCUUCUUCUGUCCCCAGGCACACAAAGUUUUCGCGUGAAGGAACUCCUUGGAGUUCUUCAGCCGCGUGACGUGCCUAUCAUCCGUUGCAUUGGUCUCAACUACAUGAAACACAUAUUCUGGCGGAAAGUCAAGGAAGGAGGUCGUGCACCUCCUCCCUAUCCUUCCGUAUUCAUAAAGCCGUCGACCUCCAUUGCAGGCUUCCAGGAAGAUAUUCCUAUUCCUAAACUUGCACAGGAUGACCAAUUGGACUAUGAAGGCGAAUUGUCAAUCGUGAUUGGCAAGACUGGUAAAGAUAUUCCUGAGCGGGAUGCCUUGGAUUAUGUCGCUGGAUAUUGUUCAUCAAACGACGUCUCUGCCAGAAAAUGGCAGCGUGACCCUGCUUUUGCGGGAGGUGUUCCACAGUGUCAAUUGGUGACUAAGUAUCGGUUCCAGGUUGUUGGAGCUGCGGACAAUCUCCGACUCCAGACAUUCGUCAAUGGCGAGCUGCGGCAGGACUCCAACACCAACGAUCUCUUGUUCGGUGUGAAGAGGAUCAUUAGCUUUGUGAGCCAGGGCACCACCCUAGAAGCAGGCACCGUGAUCAUGACGGGAACUCCGGCCGGUGUAGCGAUGGGCAUGAAGGGCCCCAAGUAUCUGAAGGACGGGGACAUGGUGGAGGUUGAGAUCGAACACUUGGGAAGGACCAGGAACCUGAUGAGCUUUGAGUAA